AUGCCUCCAUUAGGAAAACUGUUUGCGUUGCUAACAUCGAAAAUUGAGCCCUCUUUCUACUGGGUUAAAGCAAUAAACAUAGCAGCAAUAUUCAAAUCGAAUGACUACUCGUUCAGCUUAACGUGGCUGGGUUCGCUGUCCCUGUGUUCGUCGUUCUUCAUCUCGCCCGUGGUGGUGGCCUGGUGCCGUCGCAAGAGCACCCGCCUCACGGCCGUGCUGGGUGGCCUGGUGGCCGCCCUGGGCUGCCUGUUCACAUCCUUCGCGUCGCAGUUCCACCAGGCUCUGUUCAGCUAUGGCCUCGUGCUCGCGGUGGGACUGGGCAUGGCCAGGGACGCCGCGCAGCUCGUCCUGGCCCAGUACUUUAAGCGACGGCGACACUGCGUCGAGGUGGCGGCCAGCGCCGGAGCGGGCCUCGGGGUCGCAGCGCUCGCCUGCAUCUUGCACGCCUUGCUCGGUUCUCUGGGAUGGCGGCACGGGCUGCAGGCGGCCACGGGUCUGGCGUCCCUGGCCUUCCUGCUGGGCGUGUUUUACCGGUCGGCGUCGCUGUACCAUCCGCAGCGCAGGGCCAUAGUGCACCUCAAGAACCAGAAGCGCAAGAUCAAGGAAAAACACCCAACCACCGAGAAACCGCCCUUCUUCGACUUCGCCGCCCUGCGUACCAGGACGCUGCGUGUGGUCAUGACGUCCGCUGCGCUGGCCGCCGCCGGGGUCUACACUCCCUUCUUUUACCUCGUUCCGCUAAGCACAGACGAAGGCGUCGAAGGGGCUUGGGUCCUGCAGGCGCUGCUGGGACUUGCCUUCGCGGCUGGCUCGGGUCUGGCGGGACUGCUGCAGCUUCAGAAGCCGUCACAGUGCCUCGUCGGCCGCCGAUGCCUCUGUCAGCUGUCCCUGUUGGCCGCGGGACUCUCGCUGCUGUCGUUGCAGGCGCUGCAGGGCUUCGCGGGCUACGUGCUCUUCGCCAGUGCAUAUGGCAUCAGCGCUGGCUCUUUGGCGUACGCGCUCAAGAUGCUCGUAUUUGAGCGGCUUCGGGCCAGGCACUUCAACCGCGCCUGGGGAUUUGUCCAGUGGGUGCAGUGCCUUCCUGUCCUUGUAGGGGUCCCGGUUACCGGCUACAUAAGCAAAUGCCGAGACGACCCCAAAGCAGGCUUCUACUUCUCGGCGGCUUGCACGUUGGCCGGCGCCACGACGCUCUUCCUACUGCCCGCAUCCAGGGCUGAGCCUUUCUUCUGUGGACAUCCACAUUGUCUCUACCACCAUAACAACCAUCAGCGGCCUCAUCCAGCCUUCUGCGGGGACCAACAGUGCCCUCUUUUUCACCGGCACCAGGCGGACGGGCUCAAGGGCUCUUACGAAGCCGAUCCAGUGGUCAUGCCCAACGCAGACCUGCGAAAGAACCAGCCCUGCGUGUGCACAUGCCGCAGGUCUCUUGCUCACUACCAGAGGACCAUGUCCUGGGCCACGUCCGUGGACGUCCUGGACCAGCCGGCCGGAGCUGAGACCGGCGGGAGUGCCCUAGACGUAGACUAUGACGAUGAAAUCGCUGACUUUGUCCAGCGACCAGAGCUGCUCACUUGCAUUUCUGAGGAAGGGCUAGCGGACAUGGUGGAUCCAAGUGGCGAGGACAACGUGUGUAACUGCGCGCCGAGGGACCGAGCGGUGGUGUCUCCCAGAACAGUACAGGCGACUCGGUGCACGCACGAGCCUCUCCUCUUUAGGUCCGCCAUGACGCCUAUUGAGGAGGUGACCAGCACCGUGUAACGAGCUUAUGGCUCGCUGGGUUCCUGGCUUCACCGAGAGUCUUUCAGUGUGAAAUGUUUGUUUGAGUGUGCAUGUGUGUCUGUCUGUGUGUAUGUUUAUGUGUGUGUGCGAAUGUUAAAGUGGGAGAGAGAAAAUCCUAAUAUAAAGCGGAGUGAAGAGGAACGUUUGAGGCCACUUCUCUCUAGCGUUUAGUGGUGUUGUAGUGUUG